GCGUAAGGCCCUGCCGGAAUGUCCAUGCUUUGCGACCCGUUGGACAUUCCAUCCCUUGGCUUGGAAACUAGCUCUCCCCUCUUUCUCGCACGGUAGCACAGGUUUCGUCGAGUCGCAUUUGCCCAGGGAUCGCGCAGGGCGCGUGAUGUUGCGUGUUUUUCAUCGAUCUCACCGGCGAUCGAUGGCGCGGGAGUGAGCGGAGCUUCAAUCUUUGGUAGAUUUCUUGUCCCUACCCCAAUCCAACGCCGCGAGGUAGUUGCUGCUGGCCAGCCAUGGGAUUUCUAGCAAGGGCCUCGCUGUGGCUGCUACUGGCGAUCGCGAUUGCUGCCAUCGCCGCGCAGGAAGAUCAUCGUGGAGCAUUCCAAGACACAGGGAUAGUGGUGAUUCAUCCGGGAUUUGGGAGAACCCUGAAGCAAGCGCCCUCCUCUAACUCGACCUUGCUCCUCGCGGAGGAUCGGACUAGCAGGCACGAUCCGCUCGAUGAUUUCCGGCGAUACAGGGAUGGCUGGGACAUUCGAAACAAACACUACUGGGCGUCUGUCGGUUUUACAGGGCUUCCAGGUUUCAUCCUAGCGCUCCUCUGGGCAGCGCUGGGUUUGCUCUUCCUACUGUCCUUGUGCUGCUACUGCUGCUGCUGUAGGAGGAAAGAUCGCUCGGGAAGCGAGUCCAGUUUGGUACCCUUGCUUCUGCUCUCCUUACUCACUUUGGCGGCAAUUGCCGGAUGCGUGUUGGUGUACAUCUCCCAGGCAAAGUUCCAUGACGAGCUGUCCGGCACUCUCAACUUCGUUGUACGGCAGUCCCAGACUACCGUGGACAACCUCCAGAAUGUGUCGAGAACUCUCAACCAGGGAGCUUCCAUUAACAUUUUUGGGUUUGGGCUAGGCAACGAUGAGAGGCAGCAAGUCUUGCAGAUAAGCCAGCAGUUGAACACUACCUCGAACCAGUUGGAGUUGAAAACAGAGGACAAUGCGCACAAGAUCCGGAGGGCCAUCAACAUGGUGCGUUUGGCAAUGAUUAUCAUCUCGGCAGCGAUGCUCCUACUUGUGCUUCUCGGAAUCCUGUUCGCCGCGUGUGGCUUGCAGUCCCUUGUCUACCUGCUGGUGAUUUUGGGAUUCAUUCUUGUCAUCGCAACGUGGAUUCUCUGCGGGGUUUUCAUUCUUCUCAACAACGUAAUGGGGGACACUUGUGUUGCAAUGCGCGAGUGGGUCCAAAACCCCGGCCGCAGCACAAACUUGGAUGACAUCCUUCCGUGCGUCAACCAGACAACAGCAAACCAGACGCUGGACAGAAGCAAAGAGGUGGCGGUGUCGGUGGUGAGAGUCCUUAACCAGGCAGUCACGCUCGUCCUCAACGGCAACGCCGCGCCCCCUGGUAAUCCAUUGAACUUCAACCAGUCAGGACCCACGAUGCCCACGCUGUGCAGUCCAUACGGCCCCGCGCCGGACUACGCCGAAGUCCCGUGUGCCAGCGGCACCAUCACGCUCCAGCAAGCUCCAGGGAACUGGUCCCGCUACGUUUGUCAAGCUCCUACUGGGACGACGUGCGCCACGCCUGGACGAAUGACUCCACAGAUAAAUGACCAAGUCAUGAAGUCCGUGUCCGUCGCUACCGGCUUGGUUGUCAACGUACCGUUCCUGGUGAACGUGGAGAACUGCGUGUUCGUCCGCGAGACGUUCCAGACCAUCAUCCGCGAGAGGUGCCCGGGCUUGCGGAAGUACACGAGGUGGAUUUACAUUGGCUUGGCUCUCGCCUCCGCCGGAACGAUGCUGUCCAUCGUGUUUUGGAUCAUUGCUGCCAGGAGAAAACACCGCCAGCGCCAUCGCCAUCGCCAUGCUGGUUACGAGAAGAACGAGCCCGGCGAGAAGGUUGCACCAACGUAAACGAAAGGUUUGAUGGAUUGAUCUCACUUGUGUUGUAUACAGUCUCUUCUUUCACUUGUAAUUUAUGAGAUUUUUACAUA